UGUAAGGCCAGUGCUGUUUCCACUAGGCGAGUUACUUAUUUGGGUUAUCUACUUAGCGGCCAAAUUAGUACUCUGAAGCUUGGUUGAUCUGAAGCUCAAUGGAUACCGCCGAAGCAAACCAGUCGGAUGCGUCCGUUUUCAUGAACUUGCCGGACCUUGUAUGGGAAACUAUUGCCAGCACGCUUAAGGCACACCACCGUGCAAUCCUUCGCGGCGUCUGCCGGAAGUUCAGAACGCUCGUCAACAACACCGUCACCAAGAUCAAGCUCGACCCCAGCAGCUCCGAGGACCCGCUGUCCUGGCGCCUGCACGCCCGCUUCCCCCGCCUUGAGCACCUGGAGGCGUUGAAGCCCUCCGACCAGGACUGCCUAACCGACCCCGUGAUCGCACAGCUGGCGCUGAAGGACCUGUGUCGUCUGCCCCGUCUGACCAGCCUGGGCCUGGAGAGCUGCACGCAGCUGACGGUGGCGGGUCUGGCGGCGCUGGCGCUGGCGGUGCCGGGGGUGGAGAAGCUGGUGCUGCCGCAGGUGUGCCAGCUCAGCCGCUCCGACUCCCUGCUGCUGGUGCUGCACCGCCUGCCUCGACUCAGCCACCUGAAGCUGCAGUGCUGCAGACACUGCGACGAGGCCGCCCUGGCCCCCCUCUCCCUCCUGUCCGGCCUCACCGCCCUGGAGCUGGAGGACUAUGGACUGGCGCUGAAGCAGGUGUCCCAGCUGACCUGCCUCACCGCCCUCCGCAGCAUCAUGGUGUGGAGCGACUACUCCCUCAAUCUGCACACCGACCCGCCGGGUCACCCGCCGCACCUCCCACACCCGCUCCCGCAACCCCCCGCGCCAAACCCACACAACCUACCACCCCACCCGCACCCCCCCAACCCGCAACACCCAAACCUGCACCACAUACACAUCCCGCCGCACGGGCUGUUCGGGCU